CCAUACACAAUAAUAUUACAAGAUGAAUGACACAAAAUAUGAUGAAUGACACAAAAUAUGACAUACACACAAAACAUGACAAGAUUACAUAAAUAAUUAACACCCGAAAUGGUGAUCAUUUACAAAUUAGUACUCACUAAUUACAUACUUUCUUGUAUGUAAUUACCACUCUUGCCCGCAUGAAAGUGUCGUUAUAUUCUUUUUGGGUUUUCACACUAUACUCUCUUUCUUUUGUCUGACAUCGCGACACCCUAUUCCUUUUGGUUUUUCCCAGUCUUUUCUUUUGUCUGACCCGCGACAGUGCCGACUGCCCACUACCUUUUGGUUUUCCCCCACUAUAUCACUCUUGUCUGACCCGCGACAAUGCCGACUGCCCACUACCUUUUGAUUUUUUGCCGCGCAUUCCCGACCUGCCCUCUUCCUUUUGGUUUUGUCGGACCCCUCCUCCCCCGCGACAGUGAUGUAAAGGUACAUGUUUACAAGGGAUUACAAGCCGCGACGGUGGCUGUAGGUUAACUACUAGAGU